AUGAACGGCCAGCCCACUAACACGAUCCUUCGCAGCUUUAACAUCAUGUCGGCCCCUCAUCGCAACCAGUCCAACCUCUCUGGCCAACGCGAUUCCACAUCGCAGGCCACCCGUUACCCUCCAGGACAUGUUGAGCACAUGCGAUCCUUUGGCCAGCUCCCCUCGGCCAACCAGCACAUCUCGCCAUACGGCCUUCCUGCACGUCAAGAGUACUACAUCCGCCGCUCCGACGGCUCACACCAGCCCCUCUUCGACCCGCGCACGAUGCCGACGCUGCACCUCACCCCCAUCCAAGAGGCACACCUCUUCGCCAUGCCCCCGCUGCCCGACUCAGCCAUGACGCCCCAGCAGCUGCGGCAAUCGCAACUCCUCAUCCACCCGUCAGCGGCAGGCAUCCGGCGCGACAAGACCGUCAUGCGCAGCUGGCUAGGCCAAAACCUCCCAGGCGAGUUCCGCAAGAACAACAACUGCCUGAAAGCAUCCGCCGGCACCAUCGUGCACACAGGCCGCGCGCGCCUCAACCUCAGCCGCCCCUACUGGGCCUGGCUUCUCUCGCCCACCGCGCCCGCCGCCCACGCCUCCGCCGGGCCCCUCGCCCGCCGCGCCGUCCUCUGCGACGAGCAGCACAACCGCGACGCGCACGCCGACGCCGACGACGCCGACGACGACGACAACAACAACGAAGAAACCACCACCACCACCGCCCCUCCUUCCCCCUACUUCAUCUGCCCUCACCGCCACCUGCACCCCCUCGCCUCCCCGACCUACACCCACCUCGUCUGCGCCCCCUGCGAGCGCGCGCAACCGCACCACUGCUCCCCCCUCGCCCGCAUGAUCCUCACCCAAGGCCCGCUCGUCGCCAUGUGCGAGUGCUGCGCCAUCGCCGCGCUCGCCCGCCACGGCAGCGCGCACAACGGGUGUCGCUGCAGCAGCGACGACGGCGCCUUCGGGGGUCUCUGCCUGCAGCACCAAAACGCGGGCGCGGAAAGGGUAGCGCGGCGCUGGCUGGCGUACCGCGAGCGGCACCACGGGCCGGCCGGUGGGGGGUGGUCGGACGACGAGCGGGCGGGGAGGCACGUCGCGGCGGCGGUGGUGGUGGUGCCGUAUUGUCGGUGCGGGAGGGCGCCGGUGCUGCGGGCGUGGCGGCCGUUUGCGUUUUGGUGCGGGGGGUGCGAGGGCGCGGUGGUGAUGCCGCGGAUGGGGGAGGAAGAUGCAGGGUGGAGGACGGGCCCGCAGAGGCCGCAGCGGUGGUUGGUGGUGGGGAAUUUGCCGGUUGUGGAUUACGACGCGGACUGGAUGCGGGCGCCGUCGGAGGCUCCGCCGUUCAGGGAGGGAGGGCCGGUGGUCGAUCCGGAGAGGUACAGGCCUGGUCGUCGCCUGUUGGGGCUGGGUUCUGCGGCGCCUGUGCCGCCGUCGUCGUCGUUGUUUGGUAGCGGAUUGCUGGUGCCGGGGGGAAGCAGGCCCAUGACGGGAAUGGGUCCGCCUCCGGCUUUUCAGCCGCCUCGUCGGGUUGGUGGUGUUCCGCCUGCGGGCAGGAGGCGGACGUAUGGUGGGGAGGAUGAUGAGGAUGAGUGA